AUGUAUGCUGUAACUAUUAGUGAUGAGGGUGACUAUUACCGGUGUUUUCCGCCUGACCCGGGCAUUGAGGCUGCUGCUCUAGGUGCUGGUGAGCCUACUGCUCUAGGUGCCAAUGAGCCUGCAGCCCCAGGUGCUGACCGCACCACGCUUAUGCCGCUUAGUCGGCCAGUGGCAGUCUCCCUGGCAGACCCAUCUGGGGGUCCUGUCCUUCCCCACUUCUCCAUUGUUCUACCAUGUCCGGUGGCCCCUUCUGGCACCCUGUCGGGUCUUUACCUCCCCUCGUUCUCUACGAACUUGGUGAGUGGUGCUGACCUCCAGGAUGGAGGGGUUCACCAGUUCACUCCUGCGAGUCAGCGAGUGACCCACUGUACCUGUGCUCGGACGGGCCGUCACUUGACCACGUUAACCCGUCAGCCGGGGUCGAGCCUGUACACACUGACUACUGAGUCUCCUCCGGUCGCUGAGUCUGCUCAGGUAGCUGCGUCGGGUCAGGUGUUUGUUGCGGCGUCCAGGUCUGGUCCUGAGUCUGCCCCCUGCUCGUGUCGUCUCCUGUCUCACCAGACUCUCUCUGGCACCACCGCCUUGGUCACCCCUCCCUUCCUCGUCUUCGAGGCAUGGCCUCCCGUGUCCUUGUCUCUGGUCUCCCCCGGUCCCUCCCUCCCCUUCCUCCGGGGCCUGCCCCCACCUGCGUUCCCUGCGUCGAGGGCCGGCAGCGCGCUGCUCCUCACUCCUCCGAGUUUCCUCCGACAGAGGUUCCGCUGCAGACGCUUCACAUGGACGUGUGGGGCCCAGCCUGCAUCGGGGAGGGGUCACGAGCGUUACUUCCUGCUGGUGGUUGACGACUACUCGCGUUACACCCCAGUCUUCCCCUUGCGCAGCAAGGGUGAGGUCACUGAGAUCAACCUUCACCCCAGGGUCUCCAUGCCGGAGACCUCCCCAGCUUUGCUGUGGACGGGGAAGGUUGGCGAUGCGUCUGCGUUCCGUGUCUGGGGAUCUCGGGCGUUUGUCCGCGACUUGUCUGCGGACAAGCUGUCCCCUCGUGCUGUUCCCUGCGUCUUCCUUGGCUUCCCCCCUGACGCGCCGGGCUGGCAGUUCUACCACCCCACCUCGCGCCGUGUUCUGUCCUCCCAGGACGUCACGUUUGACGAGUUGGUUCCCUACUACCGUCUCUUCCCCUACCGCACUGCGUCCCUCCCCCCCCCGCCGCUCUUCCUUACGCCAGGUCCCCCUCCGGUAGACCCCCUCCCCCCUCAGGGUCCUACCCUCCAGGUGUGUCUCAGCGUGGGGGUGCUGACUCUGGGGGUGCUGCGCCUGGGGGUGCUGAGCCUGGGGGUGCUACGCCUGGGGGUGCUGCGUCUGGGGGUGCUGAGCCCUGGGGGUGCUGCGCCUGGGGGUGCGGAGUCUGAGGGUACUGGACCUGCUCGUGUGGCGUCUGGCGGUGCUGGGCCUGGAGGUUCUUCAGGUGCUUCGUCCCGGCGGGAGCUACUCUCUCCACAGAAGCUGCGUGAGUGGUUUGCCCGGCGCUGGAGGCGAGCUGUUGGAGCUGGAGGUGCUGCGGGUGCUGGAGGUUCUGCUGCUGCUGAGGGUGCUGGUGCCGCGGGUCCCGGAGGUGCUCGUACUGGGAGUACUGGAGCUGCUGGGCCUGCGGGUGCUUCUCGUACUGGAGCUGGUGGUGCUGCUGGCGUCGGUGCUACUGAGGGUGCUGGAGCUGGACCCGCUGCGUCUUCUGGUGGUCCGGCUGGAGCUGGAGCUUCUGGGGGUGUUGGCGCUGAGGGUGCCUCUAGUGCUGGUGCCUCUGAGGGAACUGGAGUUGGCGCUGCUGGAGCUGGGGGUGCUGCUGGCGCUGGUGCUGUCAUUCAGGGUGCUGGUGCUGUCCCUUCUGGUGCUCGUGGUGCUGAGCGGUCGCGGCCGUACUUCCUUCCGCUCCUUGAGCAGUCCUCUCUUCCUGUUCUUGCUGACCCGGAGUCGGACUCCCUUCGUGCUGCCAGUCCUACUCUCAAGCGUCUCCUUGCUACUGUCGUCACUGACCCUUCCUUUGAGUCCGCUGUUGCGUAUGCCUUAGUUUCUGAGCUUGUCGACUUCGCUGCUCGCUGUCGCCUAGACUACGUUGCUAGUCUUGUCGCUGAGUCUGAGUCUGUCUGUCCUCCGUCCGUCGGGGGUGAGUGUGCCCUUGGCACGGACGUCCUUGAGGACAGGUAG